AGUUGCUGCUGGAGCCACCCCCGAGUGCAGCACUUGUCGCGAUGGGGGGAGGUAGAUUUCGGUUGAUGAGGAUAUUAUCCGGACGAUGUGGAGGAUCCAUUUGAACGAGGAUGGCGGAACCGCACACCAAGACGGCGGGCGUCCCGUUGCAGUAUGCAAAUGCUGGUGCGUCGACGGGGCCGAUCCAUCCGACGGAAGAGGCUGUGGCUGCGUUCAAGGACAUCAAGAUGAAGCGCAAGUUCCGCUUUGUCUUUUACCGCAUUGACGGGGCGCAGAUUGUGGUGGACAAGGCGGGGCCGCCGACUGGCACCCACGUGGACCUGAUGGCCGCGCUGCCGCACUCGGACUGUCGCUAUGUCAUCUACGAUCAUGACAUUCUACUUCCCGAUGGACGACGCAGCUCCAAACUGUACUUUCUCUUUUGGGCGCCCCCCGCCGCGCCGCCCAACAGUAAGAUGGCGUACUCCCACGGCAAGACUGCCUUUCGCGCCCAUUGCGACGGCUGCCUCGACAUCAACGCAAGCGAGAUCGUGGACGUUCAAUCUGCGCUUGGUCUUGCCACCGAUGACGAUGACGACGACGAGUUCUAGCCCAUUUAUGACAUGUCUCGACUCUUUGCUCGAUUUUCUCAUCCGUGCGCCAUGGCAUCGCUUGGGGACAAAUUACUCAGCAGAGGUGAAAACGUCCAUUAUGAAAUGCCAACGUUAAAGUUCGUUGCGCUGCUCACUCUGACACCGACGUGAGUCUGUUCAAAGGGGUCGUCGGCUUUGCCAUCGACUGCAGCAGCAUUUUCUCCCGUAAGGCGCAGAAGAG